GACAGUAUAGGCAGCAGCUAGGCAGGCAAGAUAAAGUUAUACAAAGUCAGUAUGUAUCGAGGGAAACGGCCUGAUAUUGUCAGGAUGUGAAUUGUUGACAUUUGAACUGCGCACGUGCGUUUGUUUAUAAUUUCAUUUCCCGCGAAAGAUCACAAAUUACAAAUUACAAAUUACAAAUUACAAAAGUUUAUUGAAUCCGUAUAAAAUUUACAUUUUACAUGGGACGAAAAUACAAUAAACAGUGCAGUGCAGAUAGAGAGUCAGAAGAAAAGAGAGCAAUAAGUAAUAAAAGUAAUCAAAUAAUACAGAAAUUACUUAAGAGUGCAAGAGAGUUGGUGGGCAUUAUUACAAUGAUUGCAGCACAUGACCUGCUAUCACGGACCUGCUAUCACGGAUAGGAUAUCACAUCAUCCCAAAAUGGCGGCGUGUCUUUGCCAACAUACCGACGGCGACGAGAUACGUGAACAUGAGCUUGCUGCUGACUUCAAAUACUUUAAACUCGGCGAUGGGGUCGAUCAGGAGAAGGCCAUUGCAACAUCCUCUACUUUACGCUCGGAAUCGCCAAUUCCAAACUCCGCAUCUCGCUGGAAACGGUGCCAUGCUGAAAAACUGAACAUUUAUUGUGUCCCCAUUCACAAGUCGCAGUAUAUGCAUCCCGUCGGCGUUGACGACGUCAUGGAUGCGGUCCAUCAGAAGAUCCAGAUGUCUGCUUCCGGCUUUUCUUCUGCCACUGAUCGGAAACUUCGGUCUAAGCGUAGUACAUCUUGUACCAGUAGGCCUAGGUCUAAAUCUACUGGUGAACAACAGAAAUCCUCCCACUCGGCCUCACGGUCACAGAAGCAACAGGCAGAAUCAGAAUCUGCUCUGCCAUGCCCACUGGAACUGACUGCCGAGUCAUUGCAAUUGACACCAUUGCAGCUGCCAACGCCAGCGGUAGAGAUGCACAUCAAAGAAAACAAAGGAUUCAGCCGUGACCGUGUCCACUAUGAAUAUGAUUACAAAAGCCUUCUUCGAGACAUGAUAAAGCCGAACCGUGAUCCAGACAAGUGCGAUAAGUGGUGGGCCAAAUUUGAACAUGAAGUUGUGCGAAGGUACAACAUUAUGGAAAUUGUCGAUAGAAACUUAACCCAGCCAGAUAUUGAUGAGGAGAUGUCCUUGGCAUUUUCGGAUUCAUUCAUGGUUCGAAGCUCAGCCAAUGCCAAUGCAGCCGAAUGCAAAGACCCAAGUAAGAAAAUGCUGGAAGAUCUGUUGAAAAAUGUCCAAGGGGAAGAGGAUAGAGUAAAACUUCUUCGUCAGAACACCUUGGCUGACCAGUCUAUGGACACUAGAACUCCUGUUUCCAAGGCAUUCGACUUCCUUGAUUUUCGUCUCACUAUGUUUUGCUUGCACUUCUUGGAAGCUCUUGACAGUUUGAUAGAAAACCAUGUGAAUGGCUUGCCCACUGAUGAACAUUGCUUUGAAAAUCUUUUUCAAACAUUUGCAAGAAUAUUCUUCUUGGAAUUCAGACAAGCCUCGAAGCGCUCCAUGAAUAUAUUUGGUGAGAAUGUGUCAUCCAUCCCUGACCUGCGUUGUGAGGUUUUGCAUGGUCAUCGGCUGCAAGGAGGACUGGUCAUCACAGUUGCUGAGGUAAAACCGCAAGUGAAAGAGUCACAGCCUAUUUCCAGCUACAAUCUGCGUUCAGGAGGGCCAACCGAGGAAUGGAUAGAAAAUCCUGAUAAUUUUGACUUACCAGAUGAAGUAUUUGGUCAGCAUGCUGCAGAGCUUCUUGUUGAGCUUCCAUACACAGCACUUACUCGUUUUGGCAACAAGGAAUGCAUUUUUGGUAUGAUAAUUCAGUGCACACGGGUUCGUCUGACCUGUCUACAUAUGUCUGAGGAGCACUUACAGAUGUUACAGGAGAGUGAGCCCAUAGAGCUGGAUGCAGACGACAAGGCUGAAAUCCAUUAUUCUAGAUCGUAUGAUAUGUUGAAUAGGGAGGACCGGAAACAUCUGGCAUACAUUCUGUUACUGUUUGCUUAUUUCACUGAUAAUGAUGUAUUUUUGAAGUAGGAAAUGGAAUGAACUUCUUGUAGCUUGCCUUUCUAUAACCUAUGCAAAUACGGUUUUCUCACGUUUGUAAGGUCCAGCGUACAAGAGUGUAAAGUAGUCCGUAGGCCAAUACUACCAAGGGCCUUAUGAAUUUGAGAAAACUGUUUAUACCGUAGUUUAGAUUGAAGGUUGGGUCAGUUCUUGAAUGUCUGAAAGUGAGAAUGCACAUUGCUGGCUUUAUGAAUUCUUGGUAUCAGUAAUAAUCACUUGAUGUUCUAAAAUAUGACUUAUUAUGAGCAUUGUCAUUGCCUGAGGUCCAGUGACCAUUUUACUCUGAAACUGCAGUAUGUUGCUGAGUUCCUAGCGGAGACGAGUCGAUGUCGAAGGUGGUAAAAUAUACCUGCUCAGCGAAUUGUUGGGGGUAUUAUUGUCACAGGAGUCAUCUGUCAGUCGGCCAUUUGUUUGUCUUUUUUCUAGGAUUCUGCCUUGCUUCGAAUGUGAGUCAAAUAGAGCAUUAGAGCGUCAAAUAGCUAUUUUAAAUGGUGUCAGCAUGGCAGUCAGUAAGACGGCCCAUAUGUAAAUUUUUUGGUGAUUUGUCUGAUUUGUACUUGUAGUUUGGCCAUCAUCUUGUCCAUUAAACUGAUACCAUUAUCUAAAUCUGAUUUGGACCGAAUUUCGGCUGAGUGCCAGACCCUUGGGCCUCUUGUCGCCUAUCGACCAUUUCAUUAAUUUUUAAUCGGACUGCUGUACAGAAUUGAAGUGGUUGCAGUUUGAGGUAGGAUUUAUUCAAUAGGGCAGACAUCAGGUAUUUGAAAUCAAUACUAUUCGUGAUGCAUUAAUUGCUCUCACAAUACAUCCAAUAGGUUGAGGCUUGAAGUAAGACAGCACAGUGAAAUCAGCUCCCGUUGAUGCGGGGAGCUGAAUCCAAAAUGAGGCAGAAGUCUGUGCUUAAGAGUCUGUUUAAAGAAGACCUGAAACCUUAGACCAUAUGGAUAUGGACUGUUAUUGGUGUCUGUUAUUAUCAUUUUACAUGUAUGUUAUCAUCGUCAUUUUACCACUUUGUUUAAAAGGUCUCAUCAUACAGGGUGUUAAAAAAAGUUUGGCACAGUUGAAAUGCCCAAUAACUUUUGUUUGAAAUAGACUAUACAUGUAGACCUAUAACACCCUGUAUGUUGCAUUUCAUGGCUUUUCUUUUUACACAUAGCUUAUUUUGGCUUUUUGGCAUUUACACUCAUUCAUUCAUUUUUACAGCAUGCAUGGUUUCUAUGCUUUGGUUUUAUAUCUACCGAUAAGCUUAUAUCUUGGUGGGUACUGCCUAUCAUUUCAUUGCCAGAAUGAUUUCAUUAUCGAAUGUAGUUUAUUGUGUGGAUGGUUCAUUGUUUUUGUGGAUAUUAGAUUGUAGUCUUGUACAUUCAAGGGUGUCUGAAGUUUCCUCUAGACUUGAAUUGAAAGGGUCACUGCAAGAAUCCAAAAGCGUCAUAUGUACAUGUAGCCUAUGUAGGGCAAUGCAUUAAAAAGGUAAUCCUGAAACAAUGGGGUUUUAUGUGUAUUAAUGCCAUGGAUAUUUCACUACAUCUAUGAUAAAGUACAUGCAGACACUAUAUGCUUUCCAUUGAUGUCUUCAUGGCACCCAUACCCUCACUGAUAAAUGCAUACCAAUGUCUUCCAUAUGACAAGCAGAAUUCAUUGCCUACCAUAGACGUAAAUAUUGUUGCGAAUGUAAUUGGUAUCCCUACUGCAAACUAUAUUCUUCGCAUAAAGUUUUACAUUUGAUUUGGACUGCACUGUUUUUUAUUGGACUUAUUGCAGAAUAAUGCGUUAAUGAAAUGAUUGAUACUGCAUAAGGAGUUAUCAAAUCUAAUGAUCUAUUUUGGAUCCAUUGGAGAUGAGUUUGACCAGGACAUUGAGUGAAUUGACCUGGUUUAUACCUUCUGAAGCUGCUCGCCACAUGAAGUGAAUUUUUAUAAAAGAGAUGGACUUAUUUCACACCAGAUGUUACUUGAAAUGAAUUCGUAUCUUUAAUGUCAUGAUUCAUCGGAUGCCUAAUCCACUUUGAAACAAAAAUUCCCCAAUUUGAAAUGGGGCCUUUGAGGUGACAUGCAAUGGUUUUCAUGAUCCAGAUGUUGUCCUUUUGAAUUUCGGUCUGUGUUGUUAAUCUAGAAUUGUAUCUCUUGUGAUAUUUUAUGUAGACAUGUGUCUAGGUAUGUACCUGUAAUUUAUUAAACAAAAGUUUGGCCUUAUUUGGCAUCAGAUAUAUAGCUACCAGGUAACCUGUACUAUAUUCCAUCUUAGAUUUUUGCUGCCCUGCAUAUUAAAUCAUUCAUGGAAAUCCAAACUAAAACACUGAAACUCUGACGAAAGCUACCCUGUUCUAAGAAGAUCAGGCUGGUAAACCACUCCUCUGAUUCAAUGAAUCGGAUCAGCUACUGGCAGUUUUCUUCUACCUCACUUCAUUUUGCAUACAUCUAUGUUAUGCAUGUUUUUCUAUCCAUGCACCUAGAAUAAAGAUGAGGUCUGCAUUGAAA